AUGACGUGCGUGGGGUUUUCCGGGUGCGACGCUUGAGUGGUAGGCUAGCAGGCUAACCGAGUACCGUCGAAACAGAUAAUACUACAGCGCUGUUGACUUACGUCGAGACUCGGAGGGUGGGACAUCGAACAUGAAGGGGGUAAACGAUUCAUUUUACAAGGGGUGUUUAUGAAAGUGAAGUCGCUGUGAUCUACAUAGAUUGAUACAGCUAAGAUAUAGCUAAGAAUAAAAUGUCAACAACGCGGCCCCUCCUCGGGAUGAAGCGAAUCACCGAGGUAACCUGCACAGAGCCGCCGGGAGGCAGGCAGUCCCCGUCCGCCAGCAGAACGCAGUCCGAGCCGCUCACCGUAGACGAGUUCACGGUACAUGAGGACAAGCAGACAGAGCUCAGAUGCAGCAAACCGAAAGUCGAACAGGUGUUCCAAGUGACAUUCACGAUUAUUGGGCUCUUGGAUCACACUGGAGCCCACGGAAGUAAGGCUUCCAGGCAGAUCUGGCUCCAGUUGAAGGGUAAAAAGGAAGAUGUUUCAAAAGCGAAGGAGUAUGUGAAAGGCCUAUGUGACCCAGAGCUUCAGAAGGAAGAAUGGUACCCGGUGAACAUGCACUGCAUUUUUGCUGGUGCUCGUGGACUCUUUUUAGAACGGCUUCUUAGAGAGACGAGUGCAGAGGUCCAAGUUCUGGAGCCGGGUCGUCUGAAGUUGAGCGGGCGUGCAGAGGCUGUCGUCAUGGCUCAAAGUCGUGUUCAGCAGUUUGUCGUCCUCUUUCAGGAGAAGCGAAGCUUGCCGGCUGACAGAGAGCCCUUGGUAAAGCGCACUUUUAAGACUUUUGUGGAAGACCGAGCUGAUAAAUAUGCCAUGGAGCUGCUUUUGCUGCCCAGUGCCCUCAAAGAGGAACUUCUGGGCUUGGCCCAGAGCCCCACACAGCCUAUAGUUAUCAUAGACCUUGAGCAGGACCGCUCCCAGACUAGCACACCUGUAACAGACCUCUCCAACCGUAUCCUGGACACCACUUUUGAGGAUAAAACCUCAGGUCCUGCCACCACUCCUGAUGUUAUACCUGGUCUGAAUGGUCGGCCUUGCAACAAGCGGCGGUGCUCUGAAAGCGAGCAGAGGGACACUAAGCGGCAAUACUCAUUGGAGAGGAGAGAGGAGGAGCAGUUAGAUGAGCGACUACGAGAGCCAAGCCAAACUUUGACUGUUGCGCCUGCAAAAGGGACACUAGCAUCUAGUGAAUCGACAAAUGAAAUUGAGGUGGUGAGUCCUGAGACUAACUUGCGCUGUCUCGUUAACUUCUUCCGAACCAUGGGCUACCAGCAGGAGGUGGUGGAGCGGGUGGUGCGGGAGACAGGGCAGACAGAAGACACGUUUUUACUUCUGGAAAAAAUUGUGGAAGAGACUCAAAAGACCCAGAGAACGCAAGGAACACAGUGCACUUCUCGUACUCCCGACCUGUUGCCCUGCGCAAACGCCUCGUCCACCUCUACCUGUGUGAGGCUCAAAGAGAAGGAACGGGCACAGAUGCGAGCUCUUGCAGAGAUCAAGUGCAAAGAAAACAUAAGACCUCCUAGCACUAAUGGCAUAGGUCAGAAGAACCAGACAAGCAGUGUGCCACUGGCUUCUGCCACUCUUAAAAGAAACAAUGGUGCACAGAAUGAUGUAUGUGACGUGAUCAUCAUUGAUGACGAUGAUAACGACUUCACAGAGACCGAAAGGAAGCCUCGAAUAACACCACUUGAUUUUAAGACAGAGUCCCGGUUUGACUACUUGCCCCGAGGUAGCUCUCAAACAAUGGUUCCUGUCCGGAUGGAGAGUGUGACCAAUCUCCGCAGCUCCUCUCAAGGCCCUCCUCUCCGGAGCACCGAAACACGACCAGGAUGCUCUUACCAGACGCUCCCUGGAAGGGCACCUUUACCUCGCUCAGAGGCACAUAGCACCUCUAAACCAGCACCCCUCACCGGCAUAUCUCGUUUCCAGCAGUCCCUGAGAACCCCCUACCGACUAGUUCUACAAAAUGAACAAGGCUGCCAAGAUCUGCGACACAUCAUCAUCGAUGGGAGUAAUGUAGCAAUGGCACAUGGACUCCAUCGAAUCUUUUCUUGUCGUGGGAUCGCCAUUGCUGUAGAGGCCUUUUGGCGCAGAGGGCACCGUGAAAUCACUGUCUUUGUUCCUCAGUGGAGACAGAAAAAAGACCCCAACAUCACUGAACAACACUUUCUGACCCAACUGGAAAACUUGCGACUCCUUUCUUUCACUCCAUCUAGAGAAGUGUGUGGACAGAGAAUUUCUUCCCAUGAUGACAGAUUCCUACUUCAUCUGGCUGAGAAGACAGGAGGGGUUAUCGUCACCAAUGACAACCUGAGGGACUUUGUGAAUCAGUCAGAAGCAUGGAGAAAGAUAGUUCAGGAGAGACUCUUACAGUUCACCUUUGUAGAAGAUCACUUUAUGAUCCCAGAUGACCCACUUGGAAAGAACGGACCUCACCUAGAUGAGUUUCUAUUUAAAGGCCGUCGAGGAAGUCCCAUAAUGGCCCCAUCGAGAAUAGACCUUCGGGCAACCCCGUCAGUAUACGCCUCGGCAGCGCAGUCCACGGCACGUCCCUCUUCCCCUUCCCACCGGCCACACUCUGGACAUCCAGACUGGCAGCUUCCUCGCAUGGCCCCUUCUCCACCUCCACAGCGGUCGCCCUCAGAAACCACAGAGCUCAAAAGGAAGUUGUAUGAUAUAUUUCCUGACCAAAAGCAGCGUAUUGACCGUAUCCUCAGUGACAACCCCUAUAUGAGGGACCUGAAUGCUCUGUCGGGCCUUUUGCUGGGCUAACACUUUUACACACAAAAUUGUGGUUUUCACUCUUGUGCAUGGCGAUCACAGGGUAUUUUUCAUUUUUGAGGAAUAUAAUGAUGGAAAAGCGUUGCUACGAGCUUUUAUUUGUUCAAGGGACUUUGUUCAAGCUUUUAUUUGUUCGAGGGAAUAUGUUCAAACUUUUAUUUGUUCCUUCAACUCAUUUAGAUUAUGAUAUCCGAGGCCCUCCGAUCGACUGCAAGCUCAAAAACCUAAGUUAUAACUUGUGCUUUAAAUAAAUGAGAAUGUACAGUCCGAAUAGCAUAUAUUUGAUGUAAAUAUUAGUGUAGAAUAAUAUUCCUUUCCUGUAAGUUAUCCGUUCAGAAAUCUUUAUUCUAAAAGGUGUUUUAGCUAAACAGUUGUUUUGAACUGGCUUUGCUUUAAUUACUGCUGAAGGACAAUUUUGAUUUGCAGCUUCUGAUAUAAUUGUGCUGUAUUUAAUUUCUGUUUUUGUAAAUAUUGAUAUUAUUGAGCCAAAUAAGUACUAGUUUUCAGUCACUCAAAGUGCCCUACUGAAGUGCCGUGUCAUCUGCUUGCAGGACAAAAUUGCUCAUUUCCUGUUCACUAAUUUUAGUUCCCGUUAAUUUUGGUGAUGGUGACAAAAUGCUAUGCUGUUUCUAGGAAUCCCUGGAGACCCCCUGUAUCACCCAAGAGACUGUGAAACAGUGAAAUGGUUUAAAAAGUUUCCAGAUUACUCAGUGACCUGGCACGUCCCUUCCUAUGCCCUGUUGUGCAAGUCACUGUUCUUUAAUAUCAAACAGGAAACCAAAUCAGUCAUUGAUGUAAACCUUUGUCCCAGUUAUGACCAUUGGAGGGCACUGUGGUAUUGCUAGCCCUUACCAACCUCAUUAUGUAAUGGAAGACUGAGAACAUAAACAAAAUGCAAUGCACAAUUUAAUAACAGUUAUGUUAGAGCAUCUUAUUGCCACUAAAAUGCAUUUUCACUGUUAUUGUUACUGCAUCAUCUUUUCCCUGUCUCUGAAAUAUGUGCAGAGUUGGGCUUUUGUGAAUUGGUAUUCAAUUUUGGGAAUGAAAAUGCAUAGGCACCCACGGAAGUGUCACCGACUCGGCAGGCACUGUGGGUAUCUCACAGUAUGGCUGCUGAAAACCUUUUUCUUUUUCUGGAAGGCAGUGUUAAUAAAGGCCAAUUAUGUGUUUAUCAGGAA